AUGAUGCUGCCACAGGUGGCGCGGACGACGCUGGCGGCAGGUGCCGACAGCAAGACGCGUACCGAGAGCAAGCAGAAGCUUACAGGUAGCAAGGGCAAGCUCUGGCAGCGGACCGUCACGUGCUCGUCGAAGGCAUCAUGCGUUAGCGGCGGGCCCCAGCAGGAGGCCAGCGCGUCCUCCGCAGGAGCAGCCCCAGCGCGCCUGAUGACCCCCGUGGCCUCCUGCGUCGGGGUCGCUGGCAUGCCGAUGUCCCCGCCGUUGCGGGCCAGCGUGUGGUGGACCGACGACCCAGACGCCAGGCAGGACAAGCAGAGCUGCCUCAGCCUCUGGCAGGCGGAGCAGGAGGAGGCGGACGUCCAGGACAUGCCCAGCCUCCCGCUCAUCAGCCCGGCAGCGUCGGCCAGGCCCCAGGAGGCCGAGCAGGCCGUAGACGGCGAGGGCCAGCAGGGGGAGGAGCAGGAGCUCCUCGCGGCGGCCGCCGGCAAGUACCGCCUCGUGGGCGACGCGACCGUGGCGGAGCUGCAGGUGCUGCUCGAGUGGCCCGGGCGCGGGAUGUACGGCGGCUCCUUGCCGAAGGUGCUGCAGGCUGUGCGGGUGGCGCCCGAAGACAAGGAGCAGGUCAAGCUGCCGCCUGGCCUCCGGGGCGCCCGCCAGAGCAUCGCCCGCCAGAGCAUCGCCCGCCCGAGCAUGGCCCUGGACAGGGCGGCCGUGGGGCGGAUGGUCCCCGGCCUGCGGAGGCUGCCCUCCCCGCCAGAGGAGGCGGCGGCCACGAGCAGCUCCGGCCCGCGCUGGCACGAGGGCGCGGGCAUGAGCAGCUCCGGCACGCGCUGGCACGAGGGCACGGGGAUGAGCAGCUCCGGCACGCGCUGGCAUGUCGGGCGCAAGCCGACGCUGGACGCCCGUGGCGGCCUGUCGCCGAAGGGCCGGAGGAAGCGGAGGGACGACUGCACGGGGGACAGGGCCAUCGCGAUCAGCAGGCGGGAGUCCGACCUCCGCAGGCAGUGGAUGCUGGAGGACCCCGACUACAUGAGCUGGCGCAUCAGCGAGCUGAAGGACGCCAACGUCCGGGCGCGCGUCGCCUCCUCGUCGCCCGGGGAGGACGCCGCGCCGGGGGCCCUGGACCGCUCCGCCUGGGCGCCGCCCCAGCUGCUGCCGGGCGGCGCCGCGGCCCCCGGCCCCGCGCGGCGGCGGGCGCAGGGCAGCGCCCCGCCCUCCACGCCGGCCACGGCGCCGGGGCGGCCGGCGCUGGCGGCGCUCCAGGCGCAGAAGAAGGGCGGCGACCACGUCGCGGAGGCGCGGCAGCUGGCCCAGAGCAUGGAGAUCUCCAGCAAGAAGCUGCGGGCGGCGCAGCGAGGCGAGGAGGAGAGGCGCAACUCCUUCUCCGCCACCGUGGCCUCCGCGUUCCACUUCCACACCUCGAAGGCGGGCUUCGGCAAGCCGGCCGAGAGGACCUCCGACGCCUCGGCGGGCUCGGCUGCCAGGCUGCCCGGCAGGCGAGAAGCGUGACGUGAGCCCCCGCGCUGCUGGGCAGGGCCGUCGUCACCGCCAGGGCCAUCCCAGCCCCGGGGGGGGGGGCAUGGCAGGCUGCGGUCAGGCACGUCCGCUUGGCGUGCCGCGCCGCGGGUUCUGGCCCACCGAAUGUCGGUGCGGCGCGCUGACCACGUCUCCAUUUUCAAGCGUCGGCGUCUCGAGCUGGGGAUAGCCGAAAUCAGGCCCGACGUUUGGAAGGGUGCUGUGCGAGAAUACAGGCGCUCGCAGCAGCAACCCAUUUAUACUGAUGCGCGCGCACGCGGCUUCGAAUGAUAUAGAUACAUCGUCUCGAGCUCUUCCCAGCCUCCCGCCCCGCGUAGCGGAGCGACACGCUAUCCGCCUGAAGGGCAUAGCGUGUCGCUGGGGCCGCC